AUGAAAGACGGUCAUUUUGAAGUAGGUUUAUUGUGGAAAGAUGAGAAACCAAAAUUACCAUACGACUGUGAAUUAGCAGUCCAACCAGAAAAUUACAGAUUACAAGUCAAGGAAUAUAUCGCUCUUGGACAUGCGAGAAAGCUUUCAGACUUUGAGAAAAACCAAACAUCCGAUAUCACCAACUACAUACCACAUCAUGGUGUUGUCCAUCCUAACAAGCCCGGAAAAGUUCGUGUAGUCUUUGACGCAGCUGCAAAAUACAAAGGAAUUUCAUUAAACGACAACUUGUUGCCCGGUCCAGACUUGCUGAACAACCUAGUAUCUGUAUUACUCACAUUCCGUACCUAUCGUUACGCAAUUAUGGCUGACAUUGAAAAAAUGUUUCAUCAGGUCAAAGUAUCAAGGAUAGAACAAGAUGCUCUUCGUUUCGUUUGGCGAGAAAACACUAGCGACAACAUUGAUGACUUUGCCAUGCAAGUACAUUUAUUUGGUAAAGUAGACUCACCUUGUUGCGCGAAUUACGCUCUUCGACAAACUAGUAUCGACCACGAUCGCGAAAUCGUAGACGCUAUCACGAAAAAGUUUUACAUGGAUGAUUACCUGGACUCCAUGAAAACGGUAGACGAAGCCGUAUCGAUUGCAAAAACCGUAACAGAAGCAUUGAAAAGUUGUGGCUUUCGUUUAACAAAAUAUCUUUCAAAUUCUUGUGAAAUUCUUAAGUGUUUUCCAAAUACCGAAACCGUAAUCAACGUCAAUCUAGACCUAAACAAAUUACCGACUGAAAGAGUACUUGGUAUGUUAUGGAAUCCGAAUACUGACUAUUUCACAUUCAAAGUUGUCAACAAGCCAUCACCUGAAACUAAAAGAGGUAUAUUAAGUUUAACAAGUUCAAUAUUUGACGCACUUGGCAUCUUAACACCAUUCAUUUUAGAAGGAAAACUUAUCAUCCAAUCAUUGUGGAAAUCCAAAAUAGACUGGGAUGAAGAAAUACCAACCGAAUUAAAAACAAGCAUUCCUCGAUGGCUCAAACUACAAUCCAAUAAUCAGUUGAUUCAACUACAUAUUUUUUCCGACGCUUCAAUCAAUGCAUAUGGUGCUGUCGCAUAUCUACGUGUUCAAGAUACGCAUACCGUCAAUGUAACAUUCGUGAUGGGAAAAUCCAGAGUCGCCCCGUUGAAUCCGAAAUCUCUCACAAUACCAAAAUUAGAAUUACAAGCUGCUGUCCUGGCUACAAGAAUGAGAGAAUCAAUAGUGAGUAGUCUUUCCAUGUACCAAAUUUUGGACAGAUUCACAAAUAGUUUUAAAAUAUAUCUCGAAUGA